ACCUAAAUGGAUUUAACGGUUAAUUUAAAAUCUCUUCAGUUUGAAAAUGGACUCAGUGAAGAGGAGAAAGAGUGUGUGUUUCUGCGCAGUCGUUCUUCAGCGUUAGCAGUGUGUGGUUGCGCGCACGCGGUGUUUCUCUGCAGGCUCGUGUCUUCAGCCAGGGAAAAAUUAAACCAGUUUACCAAUAAAUCAGUCCUUCAGCCAGUAAAGGUUGGCAUUAUUGGGGCUGGGCACAUGGGCAAACAGCUGGCACUGCUUUUAUUGACUAUGCCAGGCUUUAAACCAUCUAACAUUAACAUGUCAACCAAAAGACCAGACACACUGGGUGAAUUCUCAGAUAGAGGUGUGAAGUGUUAUUUUGAUAACCGCAGACUGGCCACUUGGGCAGACGUGAUUUUUCUCUGUGUCCUUCCCUCUCAUCUUCGUCAUGUGUGUGCUGAGCUUCACUCUCAGCUGCCUGCACACUGCUUAGUGUACAGUUUUACCUCAGCAGUGCAAUUACAGAGGUUGACGAAACUUCUUGAUCACACGUUUGUUGUCAAGCCUCAGUAUGGCUUUAUGACCUGUGAUCAGAGUCACUUGUGGCUCCGCCACAAUAAGGUGUCAGCAGCUCUAAAGGAUGAAGAGAUUUUGGGUGCAUCAUGCCCACUUUCAGUGACUGGUGGUCUGUCCUUGGAUCAGAAGUGGGUGUCUGCUGUGCUCUAUACUCUCCUCAAUAUCUGCACUGGUGAGGGACUAAAGGCCACUCAAACCCUCCAACUGCUCAAUGAGCUGUUUCCGACCACAGUCUCAGUUCUCACCAUGCAAAGCUUUGUCAACUCAUCCUGGGCAUCAUCACUUAAUAACUCUGACAAGCCUUUCCCCUGGAUUAACGUGAUUGAUGUACAGACAAAGCAGUCUCCUUUGACUUUUUGUCUGUCGAGAUGUAAAAGUUUACUUGACUGCAUUUCUCUGAUGUAUCAAAAAACAUUUUCUACCUGAAUUUAAUGGGAGAAUCAAAGAAUAAUGGAAAGAAUAAAGUGUAAGGACCAAUUUAUUAACAACAGUUUUAUAAUUACAGUUAAAAUUUGCUAUAUAUAUGCAAGUGCCACAGUAGAUCAUAUAUAAAUCAUAGUGUUAAAAUAAGGUUAGGAUAAUUAGGCUCAUGA